UAUGCUUGCAGAUCUUCAGGCUUACAAAGGAGCUGGACAAGAAAUUCGAGAUGCAAUACAAAACCCCAAUGAUAUCCAGUUGCAAGAAAAAGCAUGGAAUUCAGUGUGUCCUCUGGUCGUGAGGCUGAAGCGCUUUUAUGAGUUUUCACUGAGAUUAGAAAAGGCCCUGCAGAGCUUACUGGAAUCUUUGACAUGCCCACCUUAUACUCCAACUCAACACCUGGAACGGGAACAGGCUCUGGCUAAAGAGUUUGCAGAAAUCUUACAUUUUACUCUUCGUUUUGAUGAACUUAAGAUGAGAAACCCAGCAAUUCAGAAUGACUUCAGUUAUUAUAGGCGGACAAUAAGUCGCAACAGGAUAAACAACAUGCAUCUAGACAUCGAGAAUGAAGUCAACAAUGAAAUGGCCAAUAGGAUGUCUCUGUUUUAUGCAGAAGCAACACCAAUGCUGAAAACACUCAGUAAUGCAACUACACAUUUUGUAUCAGAAAACAAAACAUUGCCAAUCGAAAAUACAACAGACUGCUUAAGUACUAUGGCUAGUGUAUGUAAAGUCAUGUUGGAAACACCAGAGUACAGGAGUAGAUUCACCAGUGAAGAGACUCUUAUGUUCUGCAUGAGAGUAAUGGUGGGAGUUAUCAUACUUUAUGAUCAUGUUCAUCCUGUGGGAGCUUUCUCAAAGACAUCAAAGAUUGAUAUGAAGGGAUGCAUAAAAGUUUUAAAGGAACAACCACCUGACACUGUGGAAGGACUUCUGAAUGCUCUCAGGUUCACUACAAAACACCUGAAUGAUGAAUCUACUUCCAAACAAAUUCGAGCUAUGCUGCAGUAGUGUCCUGAGACGACUUAGAUGUUUGUAUUGACCACAGAAGAUGUGUAUGUUUACAUAAUUUAAUACAGUUUGAUGUUAAUACUUGUGUGUAUUUACAUAACCAUUUUCUUCACAUUGCUAAAAUAUAUGAACCUGUAGUCAUUACCCAACUGACUAUAUAUAAUGCAGCCUAAGUUUAUAUGCUAGCCUUUAUCUUUUGACCUUUAAAAUACUUUUUUACUUACAUACUUUAGCUGAAACAGUUUAUCUGUGCAUUUCAAUUCUUAAAUGCCUUCUCUGGUAGAUAAAAUAGAAAUCAGAUAAACUGAAAUGUCAAAGUUGCCAUAGGAGACGAACUUUAAAGGAGGAGAAAGUUAAUAAAAGAAGAAAAAAAAAUUGUAGGUAUAGGAGAAUACCUGAAUGUUUAACUUCAUUAAAUACAUUGUUUUUCCUGUAAUUAGUGGAGAUCUAUCUAAUUUUAAGGGUUAUGUGCUGGCCAACAUCCAAAAAUGUAUUGCAGAAGAGGUCAUUUUGCCUCUUUUAAUAUGUAUAGCCUGUUCAUUUCCACCCUUGGGAAAAUUCGUUUUCAGAUAGUAUAUAAAUAAAUAUAAAGUGUAUUUCAAGACCAUUGCUAGAUUUUGAAAACUGAUUAAUUUUAUUAGAUUUAGUAAGGUAAGGGAAAAUGCUAAUGUCUUUAAAAGAAUGGGUUUUGUGGUGUAAAUACAUCAUGGCAAACAUUAUCUGUUAGAGACAGCUCUACCUGGUAAAUUUUUUUAUUAUUAUUAUUAUUAUUUUUGCGAAUACAAAAUUGAAUAAAGCAGAACACUCUUGUAGCAGUAGACUUCCCUAGUUUCAAAUUGGCCUAAUUAGACUAGGGAUGAUAUAAAGAAUUUUCAAGAUCUGAGCUGUUCCAAUGCACUCUAUCAAUUUCCUUGAUAGUCAUAUUCAUCAGCUGAUUCAGAAUCAGCACGGAUAUGUUUCAGCUCACUGCUUUUCACUGUUUUUCUAGAUGUGAUUGAUGCUUCAAGGAGUUGAUUUCCUUACUCAGUUGGUAGUUCUUACUUUCUAGUAAUCUUCUCCAGUAAAUGGAAUAGAAAUAUUUUGUCAAAAGCAGCAAAGUGCUUGUGCUCUAUUAAAUGUCUUCUCUGAGUGAUCUGCAAUUACUGUACAUAUUCUUGCAGAGGUCACAUUCUGAAAAUACGUUCAAUUGUGUACUCUGCAUAUAUGCAUGAAAACUCCAGUGCUUGUGCACAGGUUCAGAUUUGUUUAUUCUUGUGUACAUAAAUCAGAGGUGGUGUGCUGUCACUGGAAUUUUCAUGCUUUUCACUUCUGAAAAUAUUAACCAUAAGAGUUUGAAGAAUGCAUUUGGUCUGCUAAAACUCAGCUGCACUGUUACAAAUUUAGCCAAUGAACUUUGUCCUUAAAAAGUAUUACUUUCAUAAGUUCUUUAGAAUUGUGUUAGAAUUUAUUUGUGAGCAGAAUUAUAUGAGGUUUCUCAGAUGUCAUGAGAACUCACAGAUGUUAGCGUUAUACAUGUAACAAUGCAGGAAAGCACUGCAACUGUAGAGUUCAUUUCAUAGAUCUGCAGUUUUAGCAGAUCACUAUGUUAUCAUCAGGAACAGAAUUAGAAAUUGCUAAUUGUCUUUCAGAAGCAGUGAUCACACUACUAUUUUAUAAUAGUAAAGUCACUGUUUACCAACUCCAUUUUUAAUGGGGAGGUAUUUACAAAUAUGUACUAGGGGAAUUUCUGUUUUGUUCAUAGUCACUUUCAGUUAGGUAAAUCAACAUGAAUUACAGAUCAUUCUAUUGAGUUUUGGUAUCUAAUGUUAAUACAUGCUUAGCUGCAAUCACUUGUCAAACAAUGAAAUCUUUAUGUCACCCAAAGGAAAGUUAUUCAUCACUUAUGUAAUAAAAAUGUAAACUUUAAAGCAUUCUGCAAGUUGUUAUGUGCUGUUUGCUGAAAAAACUGAAUUUCUUCGCCUGCUGUGAUGUUUUUGUACAGAAGUUUGUUGGAAAUAAUAAAAAGUUUGGUACAGUAA